AACCCGAUGCUAACUUGUAGCCGAGCGGCUGCAGCUUGUGUCCGCUUCUUCUGUCGUUUCCCGCGGGGACAGGAAUCGGAAUCACCCGUAAACCCGUUCACUUAACCCGGAGGGUCUGCGCGUCCGUGUCGGGCCCGCGCCAUGGCUCUGCAAGGCCCGGAGGAGCUGGGGGAGCAGGUCGAGGAGCCGGAGGACCAGGACGCUAGUGGCAUCUCCCCGGCCGAGGAGAUAACGCUGCCCCCUGGGCCCGGAGGUGACGAGGAGCCGGGGCAGACGCUCCUCCUGCCGUGGGACCGCUUCUCCACCUGGCUGCACUGCAUCUGCGUGGUGGGCUUCGACCUGGAGCUGGGGCAGGCGGUGGAGGUCAUUUAUCCUCAUCAUUCCAAACUGUCUGAGAAGGAGAAAACAAGUAUCUGCUACCUUUCCUUCCCCGACUCAAACUCAGGCUGCCUUGGGGACACCCAGUUCUGCUUCCGCUUCCGUCAGGGUUCAAACAGGAAGUCAUCACUCAGCUGCUUCCUGGAAACCACAGACCGGGACGCACCGCCAUGUCUGAAGAGGGAACAGGGCCAUUACUACGGCUACGUGUAUUUCCGUCAGGUUCGGGAUAAGUCUCUGAAGAGAGGAUACUUCCAGAAGUCCCUGGUCCUGAUCAGUAAGCUGCCCUAUGUGACCUUCUUCCACUCGCUGUUGAAGAUCAUGGCUCCGGAAUACUUUGAGAAACAGGAGCCCUGUCUGGAGGCCGCUUGUAAUGACAUAGACCGCUGGCCGACACCCCAUCCCGGACGGAUUCUAACGCUGCCCAUUAUGGGAGUGGUCAUCAAGGUUCGUAUCCCGACAUGUUACGACAAACCAGGAACCUCCCAGCUGGUCCAGUCCUCCCAGAGUGACAGUCUGGUUUCCAUCGUGCUCCCAACCAUCCAUGAAGUGGACCUCUUCAGGUGUUUCUCCCCGGUCUUCUUCCACAUCCAGAUGCUGUGGGAGUUGGUGUUGUUGGGGGAGGCACUGGUCGUGAUGGCGCCGUCGCCAGCAGAGUCAUCAGAUACUGUCCUGGCACUGGUCAGCUGUAUCUCUCCCCUGCGUUACUGCAGCGACUUCCGACCGUACUUCACCAUCCACGACAGUGAAUUUAAAGAGUACACCACCCGGACGCAGGCUCCGCCGUCAGUCAUUCUAGGAGUGACCAAUCCUUUUUUUGCUAAAACGCUGCAGCACUGGCCGCACAUCAUCCGCAACGGGGACAUGAAGCAAGCAGGUGAGAUGGCCAAGCAGAUGAAAGUGAAGAAACUGAAAAACCUCAAAACUCUGGACUCUAAACCCGGUGUGUACACUGCGUAUAAGCCAUAUCUCAACAAAGAUGAAGAAAUCAUCAAACAGCUUCAGAAGGGUGUUCAACAAAAGAGACCCUCAGCGGCCCAGAAUGCAAUUCUUCGACGCUACUUCCUAGAACUGACUCAGAGCUUCAUCAUUCCACUGGAGCGGUAUGUGGCCAGUCUCAUGCCUCUCCAGAAGUCCAUCAGUCCCUGGAAGAGUCCUCCUCAGCUCCGACCGUUCAUCCAGCAGGACUUCAUGAAGACACUGGAGAAAGCUGGACCUCAGCUCACAUCCAGACUGAAAGGAGACUGGAUAGGACUCUACAGAAAUUUCCUCAAGUCUCCGAACUUUGACGGCUGGUUCCGCAACAGGAGGAGAGAGAUGACCCAGAAACUGGAGGCUCUGCACCUGGAGGCGCUUUGUGAGGAGGAUCUGCAGGUGAGAGUCCAGAAGCACACAGAGGUGGAGACGGUUGAUCUGGUUCUGAAGCUGAAGGAUAAACUGGAUCAGGCGGAGAGGGAGCAGCUCCCGGUGCGUCCGGGGACCCUGAACAAGCUGAAGGCCCACAUCGACGCAGUCAUCCUGGCCCUACCCGAGGACCUGCAGGGCAUUCUCCACAAGCCCGCCACUCCCUGACCUUUGACCCCCAGCCUGAAACUCUAAUGCCACUUUGAGGGGGG